UUCGAAACUGAACAUUUCUUCUGACGAGUGAAGCGACCUCUGUUGUUCCUGUUCCUCAAGUUCAGAUUGCAAAUAUCAUGAGUUCCCGUACAGGUGAUAAGGGAGUUGAUGUCUGGUUACAGAUCAAGGCAACUGAAUCAGAUGAUGAACCUCAACAACAGCAAACUGCCAUUGUUUACAGACGCAAAAAACCCCAAAAAGAAAGUGCACCAACCACGAAGCAGCUGAGUUGUAGUCAGAAGAAUCGAGUGAGUUUGGUCCCAGAAAAAAGGAUCAGUUGGAAUCGUUCUCUCUUCACCAGAGGGCGAACAAGUAUUGCUGUUACCAAUUGUGCUCAAUAUGGACCUGAAAAGGAGAAGCGGUUGAAAAAACACAAGCCUCCCCUUGCUAGAGCAAAAGGGGUACCACUUCAAAACUAUGAUAGGGAGUGUGCAUACUUUCAGGAGGUUGAUGCCUUUGAAUUGUUAGAGGAAAGUCCCUCACCCCAAAAGAAGACCUGGUUGAUGGGCACCAAAAAUGGUGUUGCUGCAUCAGAUAUAUCAUCGGUGUUGAAGAAGUGGUUACUUACCCGAAAACUAAUUCGCAACAGUUGCGAACCCUCUGCUUCACUUUCCAGGAUCCUGGAAACUCCAGGGGAUUCUAUACGUGAUGAUGUUUUGGAAUUUCCAAGCUUAAAAACUUGUUUUAAAACAACUUCUGGAGCCACUGCAGGUGUGAAAUCCAACCAUAGUAAAUAUAAUUCGAGACUCAUUGGCGAUGAUGUUCUUGAAAGGCAUACCUCUUCGAUAAAGAGAAUCGAAGAAAUACAAACCAUGAGUGAAGAGGAUUCUGUUAUUGAAGUUGCAAUUCGUAAUCUCUCCCUAUCAUCCCAAGACUCAUUAUUGGAUGAGCAACGAUGGGAUCCAUUAUUGGCACUGUUAGCAGUUUGUGGGCAGUCUUCUCCUUCCACAUUUUCUGAUGUGCUAUCUGAUUAUUGUGACCUCCAAAGUAUUACCAAGGUAGGUGAAGGUACAUAUGGAGAAGUUUUCAUUGCUGGUGAAGCAGUUUGCAAAGUUGUUCCAUUUAAUGGUGACUUGUUAGUGAAUGGGGAAAUUCAAAAGAAAGCUGAAGAACUACUUGAGGAGGUUAUGCUUUCUCUGACCCUAAAUCAACUAAGGGGACGUGAUGAUCAUAUCCAUAAUAUUUGUCCUACAUUCAUAGAGACGUUAAGAUUAAGGGUAUGCACAGGUGCUUAUGAUGAUGCCAUGAUAAGGGCAUGGGAACAAUGGGACAAGAAGCAUUUUUCAGAGAAUGAUCAUCCUAGGGAAUUUACAGAGAAGCAGUGUUUUGUUGUGUUUGUCCAAGAACACGGUGGGCAGGAUCUGGAGAGUUUUGUGCUCCUGGGCUUCAAUGAAGUACGAAGUUUGCUUGUUCAAGUUACUGUCGCGUUGGCAGUGGCAGAAGCUGCUUUUGAGUUUGAACACAGGGAUUUGCACUGGGGGAAUAUUCUCUUGAGCCGUAAAGGUUGUGAGACGUUGCAAUUCAUUCUUGAUGGGAAGAAAAUGCAUGUGAAGACAUAUGGAGUGGUGGGAUCAAUCAUCGAUUUUACGCUCUCGAGGAUCAAUACUGGUGAAGAUAUUCUUUUUCUGGAUCUAUCAUUGGACCCAGGACUCUUUGAAGGCCCAAAAGGAGAUAAACAGUCCGAGACUUACAGGAAAAUGAAAGAAGUUACGGAGGAUUGCUGGGAAGGAAGUUUCCCGAAGACGAAUGUGUUGUGGUUGCAAUACCUGGUUGACAUUUUGCUGCUGAAAAAAGUAUACGAUCGGACAUCUAGAGACGAGAGGGAAUUACGUUCUCUAAAGAAGCGUUUAAAUGGGUAUGGUUCGGCAAAAGAAGCAGUCAAUGAUCCUUUCUUCACGGACUUGCUACUUGUCUGUGAGUGAUUUAAUUUCAAGAAAGCAUUUGAUCUUGUUGUGCAUAUGGAAACUUUGCCUUGUUCUUUUGUUUCAAAAUACAGGAUGAACAUAUCAAUCGUGUUUUUAUAUUUACAAAGUCUGGAUGAAAGG